GGUGUAACUGGAUGUCUCUGGUACAAACGGGUGGAUGGCAAUUGCUUAGUAGCUAUCCGACUUGACAUGAACUUCCAAAAGUACAUGUUGCCGGUUGUGCUGAGCAGGGCAGUACUCAUAGCUGCAAACAACCAAUAAAGCGCGUCGGCAACGCCCCUGUUCUGAUCAACUGAGGGAGAGGACCAAUGGAAUGAACGCGAAGCCACGCUAUACAACGACAUAUCCCCACCUUUUUUCACCUCAUCAGGAAGGAUAUAAUAGUUUAUGUAUUGUCUUUCGUAUAGCCUUGUCUGAGACAGCAAAACCGUUCUCCAGUCAAAAUGGUUAUUCGCAUUUUAGAAAUUAUUUAUUUUCUGUAUUUUGCCUCCCACAUCCCUAUAACUUUAUUCAUUGAUUUCCAAGCUUUACUACCGGAACAUGUCUACCCACAAGCGCUUAAACAAUUAAUGCGAUGGUACGCUGCUGAAUUCAAAGAUCCAAUGAUGCUGGACCCUCCUGUGUGGUUUAAGUCCUUCAUACUCUGCGAGGCGCUUGUACAACUGCCCUUCUUCCCUGUCGCUGCGUAUGCAUUUUGGAAAGGAGGCUGCAAGUGGAUCAGGACCCCCGCGAUUGUGUACUCAACUCAUGUGGCCACGACCUUAGUCCCUAUUCUGAGUUACGUUCUCCUCCACCAAUUCCCCCAGGCACCCCAUCCUGGGCCUCAGACCAUGCGGGAGCGCCUCACUCUGGUGUCGAUCUACGCUCCAUAUCUUAUAGUCCCCAUUAUGUUAUUAUUCACUAUGCUCUUCAGCUCUACAUAUACAGGGGCCUCUCAGGGAGGAAGGUCCAAAUCAAAGUCUAAGAAAGUAAAAUAAAUGCCAUGUCAACAACUCCCUGUGUGUGAGACACAAAAAUUCAAGAGAUGUAUUACAGCAAUAUGAAUUUGGUUUAGGACAUAAUCUAUUUAUAAUUGUGGUAUCCAUAACAGCUCAGGUGUAGGUAGCAAGACUAUGAAGAAUCGAUAACAGUAUUUUGACUAGGAAAUUACUUUGCUGGUGUAUCAUUGUACAAUCAAGACUGUUCAAGGCAAAGACAGUGAAAACAUUAAUCUGCAAAAGAUUUAUUCAAGUAUGUUUCACUAUAAUGUGAAGGCUGUCUACAUUUCAUUACACAUAUUAGACAGACAGGAUUUGUAAUUUUUUGUACAACGACUUUUUAUGCAAUAAACAAAAAAUGUGUUGGAAAUUUGAA